GAUGGUUUCUCCACCUUUAUAUUUUUUUCACUCGAUUCCACAACAUUAUAUAACGGCUUCACUUUAUUUCACAGUUCUCUUUUCACCCUGAUUUCUCAAGACAGCUGGGUCGGCGCACGGUUUUAUAGAUUCACUUUUACACUUCCAAAAAUUCUAACCAUGUCUGGGAAAGUUGUGCUGCACUACUUAAACGGAAGAGGGAAAAUGGAGUCUAUCCGUUGGCUCCUGGCUGUUGCAGAAGUUGAGUUUGAAGAGAUGUACGUGACAACCCGUGAGCAGUACCUGAAACUCAUUAGUGAUGGAGAUCUCAUGUUUCAACAGCUCCCUUUGGUGGAAAUUGAUGGCAUGAAGCUUAUUCAGACUAAAGCAAUCUUGAGUUACAUCGCAGACAAGUACAAUCUUCAUGGCAAUAAUCCCAAAGACCGUGUGAUGAUCAACAUGUACUCUGAGGGACUGAUGGACCUCAUGGAACUCAUAAUGAUGUUGCCCUUCACCGCAGAUACAAAACCAAAACUCGAGGAGAUUGAAAAAAAAGCAAUAAGCCGCUACCUUCCUGUGUUUGAAAAGGUGCUGUCUGGGCAAAUCUACCUGGUGGGAGGAAAGCUGAGCUGUGCAGAUGUGCAGCUGCUGGAAUGCACCUUGAUGUUGGAGGAGAAAUUUCCUGGUGUCCUCGCCGACUUUCGCAACGUCAAGUCUUUCCAGGGCAGAAUGACCGAGAUUCCCGCUGUCAAGAAGUUCCUGCAGCCAGGCAGCAAGAGGAAGCAGCAGCCAGAUACAAACUAUAAGAAAGCCGUCAUGGAGGUGUUUAAUAUUCAAUUGCCACUGCCUUGAACUUUGUACUUUCCUCACACAGGCAGUGUAAAUGAUUCAUUAUGCAAGCACAGUGUACGACAUGUGGGUCAUUUAUAUUUGCUGAUUAAUGUUGAGAUAUAUAAUGCACUAUCUGAGACAACUUUAAAUAGUAUGAAUCAAUGUAACCCUUUAUAACACUGGUGUUUUUAAUGUGAAGGUUCGAUUUAAUAAACUUUAAUUUUUUGACGAGCAUA